UUAGCUAACUCAUUUUCCUUCCAGUCCGCGUGUAGGUUGCAGAAUUUAUUCCCUGCCUUUUAUAGCUAUACAAGUUAAAUAUACUGCUUCGUCAGAACUAUGUCUUUCAAUUUCAACUUCGACGUGCAGUUGACGACAAAGGGGCAACAAGGUGAAGAAAGUCAAUCACAAACUGGAAAGCAGGAUUAUGCAGUCAAACCUGUGCCUGGCAACAACACCACCACUCCAGCAGAAACUGUCAAAGCAGCUGUUGAACACCAUCCCCCUGCAGAUCCCCACUUUCUCCUCAACGAUGCUGUCUCUGAGACUGUUACCAUAGGAACGCUUCCACCCCUCCACUUCCUGAAUGAGUCUGUGUUCGAGCGGACGGCCAGCGAGCGAGAUGACGACGAGAGGAUCCUGUCGCGGACCGCCGCCCAGAGCUCGGAUCUCAUCUCCGGAGUGUACGAGGGAGGGUUGAAGGUGUGGGAGUGUACCUAUGACCUCCUGGAGCUGCUAGAGAGGGGGGGGGAGACGUUCAGGGGGAAGAUGGUUCUGGAUUUGGGCUGUGGUGCUGGACUGCUGGGCCUACUGGCGCUAAAGAGCGGAGCAAGUCAGGUCCAUUUCCAGGACUAUAAUAGUACUGUUAUAGAACAGCUCACACUGCCUAACGCACUGCUCAACUGUCAGGUGGAAGGGGAGGAGGAAGAAGUGAAGGGAAAGAAACGGGGGCUGCAGGAGGAGGACGAUGAGACAAUUAUAGAAGAGGACAAAAUGAAAAAGGAUGAAGAGGCAAAGUCCGAUGAGAAGAAGAAUGAACAGAAAAAAGAGGGAGAGGAUGGCAGCCCGUCGCCCAAGAGGCAAGCCCUGGACCUAUCCCAGCAUUCGAAGCUGACCUGCUGUCGUUUCUUCUCGGGCGACUGGACAACGUUCCUAGCGCUGGUCCUCAAGGAAGACCUGUUCCCUAAAUAUGACAUCAUCUUCACCUCAGAGACCAUCUACAACACGGCGUACUACUCAGCUCUUCACGACACCCUCCACAGACUGUUGGCCCCGAGGGGAGUGGUCUACCUGGCCACCAAGGCCCACUACUUUGGGGUGGGGGGUGGGCUGCUCCUAUUUGAACAAUUUAUAGAGGACAAGGGAGUGUUUGAUAUGGAGAAACUGUGGGACGUGGACCAGGGGUUACAGAGACAUGUUGUGGCCAUGCACUUCAAAACAACAAACAAGUCUUGACUUUUUACUUUGUGUAGUUUCAAAGAACUAAAAAGGAUAAUGUUUUUAAAGUUAAUUUCUACUCAAUGCACCUGGAACUUCUAUGCUACCUAAGGUGUGCUAACAUCAGUCAGUUUCAAAUAAACUUUUUCCAAUAAAGAUCACCUGUGUCAAUUGGGACAAAGAAACAGGACUUUCACACAAUUAAAAUGACCGUAUGUUUGAUUGUUUGACAGAUAAUGAAAAGACAUAGAAUAUUUAAGACUUUCUGUAGGUCUGUCAGUCUGGCUUAUUUUACCUUGGUGGUAAAACCUUGUAUGUCAAAUACUGGAGAUGUGCUUCACAAAGAAUGUAGAUUAAGGAGGAGUUUGAAUAUUCGCCAGUUGAAGAGGACAACAGGAUAGCUGCACUAAUGGAGGGAAAGAAGCAGAAGUCUGAGAAUGAAGAUUGAAGAGAUGAGCAGAUAUUCCAUUGUAGUGUGCAAACUAGGCCAAUAUCAAGCGUACCUCAAGUAUUUCAAAUUAUUUUGGCAAGUGUAUUUGGUGCAGGUCGGUUUUUAACAGGACAUAAGUGGUAGUUGAAGUAGGUGCAAUAUAGUACCCGAAAGAAGAUACCGUUUCAGGUCAACUUUACCCUUUGUUCACAUCUCUCUAACUUUCUAUAUUUAUUUAGAAUAGGGCUAGUGUAUGAGAAAGGUGGAAAGGAAAUUAAGGUAUUUUAUAGGGGGUAGGGAGGAGGAAAGGAAAUAGGCUCAGUGACCUUUGCAGGUGAUUCCCAAAUUGUUCAAAUAGCACCAUGAAAGCUAGACUUGUUUCUGAAGUCUGCUGCAAAAUGUCAAUUGCGACUUAUCUCAUCUGCGUAAGGACGAGGUCUGAAAGUGGAGUGUAAGUGUAGCACAUCUAUUCUGCAGUAGGGCUUUGUGGUUUCUGUCUCCUAGUUCACCUUUUCACAUUUUGUUGCCCAUCAGUAUUAUUUUGUAUACACUUUAAAGACUUGUUAUCAAAGAUAGACGCAUAUCAAAAUGUCUUAUGUGGCAAUUUUCUAGAAGGGUGACCAUAUUGGAUGUCAUCGAAUAAAUAUUAUAAAGUGUCACAAAUCAUGAUUGAAACUUUUUAAAUGUAAAAUAUUCACUUAACUUAUUACGGUAAAUCUAUGAGUAGGAACAAACCAGGGUAGAUUCUUUUAAGCAUGGUGACAGAGUGGUGGAGCUAGAAGUGGAAUUCCCUUUUAGCUCUGUCGUGGAAAUCUAAAGCUUGUGGAAAUACUGUAACACAGACUGAGAGAAGGGAGGAUAAUGCACAGUAAAACCGGUGGGAGAGAAAGGGGGAUAUCCUAGGAAGAAUAAUAAACAGGGCAGCACCACCUAAGCGGGUUACACCUGUGUUGGUGUCAAUGUAACAUGAGGAAGAAGGAUUAACAUGUUUUUUUUUACGGUUAUCUUAUGUGUCAACUUCCACUUACUGAUAGUUUGUGUACACUUUCAUCUGUGUUCUGUGUUUCACAUUGAUCUCUAUGUAUGACUAAUCUGUUCCAGUUGUUGACACUUGCACAACUCGAGUGGCCUGUUUCAUCCAAUAAGAUUAAGAUGACUUUAUUGGUCAAUUCUAACUGAAA